GCAGGGUGCAGAGCCAGAUGUAUACACAUCUGCUCUCCAUCAACAGUGGAAACUGGAGAAGGAGACAUGCCUGUGUGCCUCCCCAGGGGCUGGGGCUGCGGCUGGGCCAGGCUUGGGUCACCCAGCAGGGACAGAGGCCCCACCCAGGCCUGGGGGAGGCUGCUGUUGUUUGGAGCACUCAGGAUGCUGGCCACCUGGUCAGCAGUUCCGCGGUCAGCAAGGGGUUUCCCACCCCCUUCCCGAGCUGAUCUGGACAGUCAGUGGGCUCCCCUCGUCCCUGCUGCAUAUUUUGGGGGCGGGAGAAGUAGCAGAAUGGGGAGGGGCCCAGGAACCCAUGAGGGUACAGAUCCUGACUUGGGUUAAGACCUUAAUCUGCAGCUGAGUCCUUGGGAGCCUCAGGGCCCGGGGGGAUUGGUUGGGGCCGGGCUCUUCAGAUACGGCUCAGAAUGAAGUUGGGUACAUAGCAGGGCCUGCGUGAUGGGGAGCACUGCCUGUCAUGUGCGUGGCAUCUGGGAUUUGCAGCUCCCUCCUCCGGCCCCAGGGAAGAAUGAGGAGGUUUGCUUGAGUCGACUUACUUGGCCAAUCCAAGUCUAGUUGCUUGUCCCCCAAACCCCACCCCCGAAGCUGGAAGCUCAGGGGAAUCCCAAGGAGAUGAACUCGGGCUCACUUCUCCUUGAGUGAGUCAGACACCCCAGGGAGAUGGUGCACAAAGCUUUGAGGAGUUCCUGAUGGUAGUCCCCCUUGGCACGUCAGUGUGCCCCAACAGGCUGGGGUUGGGGCUGGUGGGCACUGGUGACAGUGGCUGGCUGGACUGUCUCCUGGUCACACUUAGCCAGGGGACCUCAUGGUAGAAAAACUUGGGGGGUGGGCAGUGAGUCUGAUGGGGUGAGCUGUGUCAUCUGGGGUCUUCUGUGGGCAUAGGACUGCUCCAAGUAAGCCGAGCUGACCCUUUCCUACCCCCCGGAGCCCCUCUGACCAGGUUGUGUGCCCAGCCCGACAUCUGCCCAUGUGUUAUCCCCUCCUCACCAAUACUGACCUUCUCAGCCAGAGCCUGGGGACACAGAUGCCUGUGGCAGCCGUCCAGGAUGACACUCGCCUCCCCCGCCCCCUCACAUCAAAGGGGAAUUGGAGGCUUCCCUCCUGGCCUGCCUCCCAGCAAGAGGCCAACACCAGGCCCUUCUGCAAUGGCGGUGGGGGGAGGGUAUCAGGCCCCCCCACAUCAGCCAGCCAGCCUUUCCCUCCCAACCCAGAGAGAUGUGCUUGCCUUUCCCUCGGAGUGGGGCCCUUUGUAGGCUCAGAGCCUAACGUCUAGGAACAGCGGUCUUGCCCCUCUGCUUCAGUGUCCUCACCACUGCUGUCUCACCUCUGUCCCUGAGUGUCUGAGACCAAGCCUGGGCUUCCUUGGCUACAUGUGAUUCUGGUCCUCACCUCUCAUCUUGGAAUAAGGCCUAGAACUCAGCGGUCAUUCUGGAAACUCCUCUUCCUUCUACUAUCCUGUCUCCAGACAUGUACAUUCUUCCUCCUACACACCUCUGAGACGCACCCUGCCAUCCCCCUUCCCCAGCCACGGCUUGUGCUCGACUGUUUGAAAAUGCCGAUUCUCAAAGAUUUUUGAUGUACGGAAAUGACCAUUUCAUACGGUUCAACUUAAAACUUCCUUCCACGCUCCUUACCUCUCCCGCCUGGUCAGAUGUGGGCGUUGGAGCCAGGUGACCUCAGUUCGAAUCCUUGCUCUGCUGCUUUCCUAACUGUGUGAUUUGGGCAAGAUACUUAGCCUCUCUGAGCUUUGGUCUCCUUGUCUGAACAAGGGGGAUAAUGAUAGCACCCACCUCUUAGGUAAUGCCUGAGUUAAGACAGGGAACAGACAGCAUCUGGCACUUAGUCAAAUUCUUUGUAAGUAUUACUUGCUGCUGUUGUGAUUCAAAUUGAAUCACAGAAAUCUCCCCAAAUCCAGAACAACCACCCUGUUCAAACACCCUCAGUGGCUCCCUAGUGCCUCUCAGGCCUGCUGCGACCUGCUUCUGGCCUGCCCUCCCCUCUGUAGACUGUAAACUGAAAGUGCCUGGCCCCAGCCACACGGUCUGCUGCCUGUCACUCGGCUGCCUCAUGUUCCUUCCUCUACACGGAGCUACUUUUCCCCUUCUUUGCCUCAGCAGGUGCUAACCAUCUUUUAAACUCAAAUCAAAGGGCCAAAUCAUAGGGCCAAACACUUGAUUGCUUGACCCAGGCAAUAACAUUCAACCACUGUGCUGAGAAGGAGAGGUCUAUGAGGGCUGGAGCAGUCAGGGAGGCUUCCUGGAGGAGGGAGGAAUGAAGUGGGCCUUGAAGGAUAGGAAGAAUGUGGGUGAGAAAGAAGAGGGGUCCAGGUCCAGCUGGCCCACUCUGUUUCUCCCAUGUUUUCCCCUGGGAGCCCCCUGUCUCCUUCAGCGCUGUAACCUCAGAGCUUGGCACGGGGCUGGCACACCACGAGGGGCGUGAAAACCCUGGAGUGACCCUGAGAAGGGAAGUGCCCUCCUGCCACCCCAGCGUGCUGUCCGGCCUCCUCCACGCCUGCCUGGCUGUGCUGUCGAUCCUCGUGCUGCUGAUGCUGGCUGUGCUUGUGAGGCGCCGUCAGCUCUGGCCCCGCUGCGGGCACGGCAGGCCUGGACUGCCCAGCCCUGUGGAUUUCUUGGCUGGGGACAGGACCUGGAUGGUGCCUGCCGCUGUCUUCACGGUCCUCUUCAGCUCCUUGUGUUUGCUGUUCCCCGCCGAGGACCCGCUGCCCUUCCUGACUUUGGCCUCACCCACUAGCCGAGAUGGAGAAAGUGAGGCUCCCAGAGGGCCCUGGAAGAUACUCGCCCUGCUCUAUUACCCUGCCCUCUACUACCCUCUGGCCGCCUGUGCCACGGUCAGGCACGGAGCCGCACACCUGCUGGGCAGCACACUGUCCUGGGCUCACUUCGGGGUCCAGGUGUGGCAGAGGGUAGAGUGCCCCCAGGCACCCAAGAUCUACAAGUACUACUCCCUGCUGGCUUCCCUGCCUCUGCUUCUGGGCCUCGGAUUCCUGAGCAUUUGGUACCCGGUGCAGCUGGUGAGAAGCUUCAGCCACAGGACAGGAGCGGGCUCUGAGGGGCUGCAGAGCAGUUACUCUGAGGAAUAUCUGAGGACCCUCCUUUGCCGAAAGAAGCUGGAAAGUAGCUCCCACACCUCCAAGCACGGCUUCCUGUCCCGGGUCUGGAUCUGCUACGGAAACUACAUCUACACUCCACAGCGAGGAUUCCGACUCCCUCUGAAGCUGGUGCUUUCGGCCACCUUGACGGGGACAGCCAUCUACCAGGUGGCCCUGCUGCUGCUGGUGGGCGUGGUACCCACCAUCCAGAAGGUGAGGGCGGGGAUCACCACGGACGCCUCCUACCUACUGGCCGGCUUUGGGAUCGUGCUCUCAGAGGACAGGCAGGAAGUGGUGGGGCUGGUGAAGCAUCAGCUGUGGGCUCUGGAAGUUUGCUACAUCUCGGCCUUGGUCCUGUCGUGCUCACUCACCUUCCUCAUGCUGAUCCGCUCACUGGUGACACACAGGGUCAACCUGCAAGCUCUGUACCGAGGGGCUGCCCUGGACCUGGGCCCCCUGCCCCGGAGUCCCCACCCCUCCCGCCAGGCCAUAUUCUGUUGGAUGAGCUUCAGUGCCUACCAGACUGCUUUUACCUGCCUUGGGCUCCUGGUGCAACAGAUCAUCUUCUUCUUGGGGAUCAUGGUCCUUGCCUUCCUGGUGUUCAUGCCCGUGCUCCACGGCAGGAACCUCCUGCUCCUCCGAUCCUUGGAGUCCUCAUGGCCCUUCUGGCUGACCUUGGUCCUGGCCGUGGUCCUGCAGAACAUGGCAGCCCACUGGAUCUUCCUAGAGACUCGCCAUGGACACCCAGAGCUAACCAACCGGCGAGCGCUCUCCGCAGUCACGUUCUUUCUCUUCCCCAUCAACGUGCUGGUGGGCGCCGUGGUGGCUGCCUGGCGAGUGCUCCUCUCUGCCCUCUACAAUGCUGUCCACCUUGGCCAGAUGGACUUCAGCCUGCUGCCACCUCGAGCCGCCAAUCUCGACCCCGGCUACCACACAUACUGCAGCUUCUUGAAGAUCGAGGCCAGCCAGUUGCAUCCAGCCACGACAGCGUUCUGUGACCUGCUUCUGCGAACACAGCGGCCCCAGCCUCUCCGGGGCCCCCAGGAUGGCCUCAGACACGGGGAGGAAGAAGAAGGGAUACAGCUGCUGCAGACCAAGGACCCCGUGGCCAGAGGAGCAGGGCCCAGGGCCCGCCAAGGCAGGGCCCGCUGGGGUCUGGCCUACACGCUGCUGCACAACCCGGCCCUGCAAGCCUUCCGGAAGACGGCCCUGUCGGGGGCCUAGGUCAACGGAGCCCAGCCCCGAGGGUGCGGGAAGCCACCGUGUCCUUGUUUGUGCUGGGGUCCUCCCCUCCUCCCAGCCCACUCCCUCCCCAGCGUCCCCAGCGUCCCCCCCCAGCCAGGGCAGCCUCUCUGCCAGCAAGUUCCCCGGAUCAGCGACCAGCACCAGAAGCCAGGGGUCGCUGUGGUUGGAUGGAGGUCUGCCCACACCAGGAGCUUCCAGAGGGCUCUGGUCUGCACCCUUCGUCUUGGGAAGCCAGCAAGGGCUCCAGAGGAAGUAAUUGGUGGUGUAGGCUCUUGGUCUGGGAGCCAGUGGAACCGGGGAGGCCACAUCCAGGCCCCUCCCCAUGCUGGCAAUGCCACCAGCCUCAGCCUCACUGCGGUCUUCUGCCUGGCCUUGGUGAGGUUCAGCCCAGAACAGUUUCACGUUCCAGCUCAGCCCCACCUCAGCCUUGGAUCUCACCACCACGGAACCAGACACAGGGCUUCCUCUCUCCUCCAGCUUCCCCCUCUCCUCUUGGGGGGGCCUCAUGCCUUCCUGCGAGGCAGCCCAGGAGGAAGCCAUGGGCUCCUACUGGGCAGCAAAGUCAUGGCUCAAAGCAGGCCCCACACCGAGCUGGCCACACUUGAGAGCCUGAUAUUUUUGCAAUUGGUAUGCCUUUAGAUAUUAUGAAAGGGGUUAGUGUGCUCCUUGUAAUAAACUUGUCCCUGAGAAACAGUCCUCCGUAGGAGGAGGGUACGUGGGGGAAAACUG